AUGAGCUCGACCACGCGUGGCUCCACCUCCUCCUCCAAUGGCCUUCUCACCGUCACCAUUACCGGCAGCCACACUGAAUCUGGUGACCCUGUCGCCAUCAACAACGACGACGACGACUUGGUCGUGGAUCCCGACGAUCCUUUCGAUAUUACGCAUACCAAGAAUGCACAGCCCGAGACCCUCAAGCGUUGGAGACAAGCAUCCUUGGUGCUCAAUGCGUCCAGGCGUUUUAGAUACACUCUUGACUUGAAAAAGGAAGAGGAGAAAGACCAUAAGAAAAGCAUGAUUAGAUCCCAUGCACAAGUCAUUAGAGCAGCUUUGCUUUUCAGAUUGGCUGGUGAACGGGAACUAGUGACAAGUACAGCAGCACUGGAAGCCCCAACUCCAGUUGGCGAGUACACAGUUGAGCUCGAACAACUUGUUUCAAUGACUAAGAAUCAGAAUAUUUCUGCUUUACAACAAUUUGGAGGGGCAAGUCUUCUUCAAUGUUUCUUUGUUAAAGGCUUAUCAAAUUUACUCAAGUCAAUUCCCGAUAAAGGGAUUAGCGGAGAUGAUGUAGAUCUUGUAAAGAGGAAAAAUGCAUUUGGAACUAAUACAUAUCCUCGGAAAAAGGGGAGAAGUUUCUGGAGGUUUCUAUGGGAAUCUUGGCAAGAUCUUACUCUUAUAAUAUUGAUUAUAGCAGCGGUGGUGUCAUUGAUACUUGGCAUAAAAACAGAGGGCCUCGAAGAAGGGUGGUACGACGGAGGAAGCAUUGCUUUCGCUGUUUUUCUUGUAAUUAUAGUUACAGGUAAUGAACAGAUAUUGAUUGAAUAA